UGGAACGCUCGCCUCUUUUCUAUAUUUCGAUGGAGAAGACCAAUCUCAACGGAUAACGCCCUUCCACUCGCUCGUCCCGAACAUCACCAGUCAGACACUGAGACACUCUCACACUACAUUGCUAUAUUUUUCUGAAAGAUAUUUUCCCGUUUGAGUUGGGGAAAAUCUGGUUUGCACAAUGGAUACCCUUUCACAGAUCAGAUGCUUCACCACCACUUCCAACUUCCCGUUUUCAAGAACUUCUCCAAUUCCUCGUUCCAGACUUCCAACAGUCUCUGUCCUACGAACAAGCCCCCGUCCAGUCAGUGGAGGAGUAGAAGAGGACGUUUUGCAAAUGUUUCUUAAGGAGAGAAAAUUAAGUGGAGAUUUUAUAUCAAAAGCUUCUGAUAUAUUUUGGCAGAGUGAGGUCACGCAAUUUGUUAAUGCUGAUGCUGUUGAACCUUCUGCCACUCCUCGACAGGCAGAGCGGGUCAUUGAAACCGACAAUGACGGUGGGUUUUUGAAACUGUCAAGUACCCUUGAAUGGGUAUCUGGUGACAACUCUGUACCAGAGAAUAAGAAAGCCAUUGCCAAGGCAUCAAGGGAUGACAGUGAAAGGAGGAGGAUACUGAACCUUCUCGAAUAUGAAGCGAUCAAGAGGGAGAUGAUGUUUUUAUCUGUUGGUAUCGGAACUGCGUGCACUGGGUAUUGUAUGAUAGCCUUAUCAGUCCAGGCAGCUAUUAGCUACGCGACAGGAGCUCUUUUCAGUUGCUUGUACCUUCAGCUCUUAUACCGACAUGCAGACAAUCUAUCCAGAGAAACUAUUCCUCAAGUUUUCCUGCGAAAGAAAUCAAAGAAAAUUGGAAUCAGAAGUGAGGACCUUCAGGAUUCGAUAGAGAAGUCAUUUAAGGGUAGUGGCAUUGCUCUUUCAUCUCCGAGGCUUGUGAUCCCAGCAGCAAUAUAUGGAUUGUGGCUCCUGUCUCAUCGGUAUUUUGGCAAUGACUUCUUUGAUUUCCAGCUUGUACCAGCCAUGCUUGGGAUGUUUGUCUAUAAAGCUGCUGCUCUUGUUCAAGUCUAUAGAGAUAAUGAGGACCUGCAAUUUGUCUUUCCAGAAAAUGGAGAUGGCUCACCUAACUGAAAUUCUUAUCUUACCGUUUCUUGAAGUAUAUCACUGCAUUCAAUGGUAACUUGUUGAAAAGAAGAGUUGGAUGCUUAUUGGAUUCCAUAUUUAGUUCUGCCCGUGUGGAACGCGCUGCAUAUAUUCAAAGGAGGUAAGCACCUUCAAGGUGUUCAAUGUGAAAUAACUCAAUUUUUGGAGCUGGUUCUGGCAGGUUUGGCCUUUUCAUGUUAAAAGUCUGCAAGUUCUGCUGGUAAGGGGCUAAAGCCUAUACUUCUCCAUCAAGAGCUGCUCAGUAGGGGUAAUUCUUCAAUAGUACAUCUAUUCCAAACCUGACUGUGGUGCCCAAAAUAUGCCAAUCAGUUUCCUAUAUAUUAGAGUUUGUUGCUGUCAGAAACUGUUGUAGUUGUGUGAUAUUUUGAGUAAUUCUGUCAUAUACUCUUUCACAAUGGUGUAAAAUAACUCUUCUUACAUGCAUACCUGAAAUAUAAGAAAAUCAUACAUAUUGAUGAAAUCAAA